GGGAGGUUUAAAGAGUGAAGUCGGCAAUCGGCAAUGGGAGCUUCUCUGUCCGCGCCUUCAACAAACCCUGACGACGCCCGCGCUCAGCAACACGCCGACACCGGAGAAGCUAUACAGACGCCAGAAUCAAACCUACCCGCACCAGAUCAAGAAGAAGCGUCAGAUCCGGUAACGCAACCCGUCCAUUCAGAAGAAGAGGAAGAAGGAGAAUGCGGCUUUUGCCUCUUCAUGAAGGGUGGCGGAUGCCGAGACAGCUUCGUUGCGUGGGAGAAUUGCGUUGCGGAAGCCGAGAAUAACGAGGAGGACAUCGUCGAAAAGUGUUUUGAGGUCACCGGCGCUCUGAAGAAGUGCAUGGAGGCCCACGCCGAAUACUACGCCCCGAUCCUCCGAGCAGAGAAGGCCGCCGAGGAGGAGGUCGUCAGGGAAUUGCGCAAAGACGAAGCUGAACAAUCUGGAUCGUCUUCGGAAAGAAGAUAAAUUGUUGCUCUAGAGGCGAAUCGCAGUCGCAGAGCUUUUUGUCAGGGAGAUGCAGAAUCAGAGGAAUUAUUUGAGGUAAUUGAGGGAAAAUCAUAUGCUGCGGCAUUGUUUAGUUUACAUUGUUGGAAAUUGGAAUAUAAUUAUUGAAUUUUUACUUCAAGGUGUGUUUUCAUAUUGUCUUUCUGCUUAAAAAUCUGGCUUCUGCUUUUCUGUUUCUAUCUUUUUAGUUUCUUUAUUGGCUUGUUGACUCAAUUGUGUUUCUGGUAGCUGAAUCUGAUGCGAACAGUUUUGGAUAAAUUAGGUUAUUUCUUGAGCAAUAGAAUGAUGCUGUUGGAUAAUUAUUGUUGGUGCUAGAAGCAUAGAAAGACUUAAUUGGAUAUCUAAUUCGACAUAUGUGGAUGUGAGUUAUGAUCCGUCUGAUACUUGCCUUCCUCAUAUUCUUCAUGAGCUCUGAUUAACAGAUAGCGCCUCGAAUCUGACAAAUAUUUCAGAUCAAUUUGAUUUCAAGGUUUUGAUUUUCCCUCAACUUGCAAAUAUUAAAUGUAUUUGUCUUUCAUAGGUUAUGGAGCUCAUAUAUUCCUUGCUGGGGUGAACAUAUCACUCACUAAAAGAAAAUGGUUAGCAAUAUGGAAUUGGUUAGUCAUGAAAAUAUAAUUAUUAUGAGCUGAAUUUUCUUUGACCGAGGCUUAUGCUAGCAUCAAAGAUCUUCAUGUGAAAAAGUUAGGAUUAUUUUCUAUCAGCAAACUGCUAGGAGAGAAUUUACACAAUAUCAGAUAUGUGAAUUUGAGAGAAGAAACUGGUUUCCCCUGUAUUUAUCGGGAACACUCCUAAUUGAGAAUUUCACAAAUUAAAAGUUAAUGGCCUUGCAUAUAGAAUUGAGUAUCCAUGAAAAAAUUAUGGAGAGGUACUGGCCUUUCGUAUAGAAUCUGAUCACGUUGCUGGCUUGCUCCUUCACAGCAGGCUUUUGCUAGCCACAUAAAACCUUUCUGAUCUGGGGAAAAAAAUCAUCAAUUGAUAGUGCAGGCCGAAGGGAGGUUUCAAACUUAUGGUUGUGAGCAUUCAUGUAAAAUCAUCUUUUGGGAUGUCUCAGUGCAUGAAUGCACACCCAGCAUGUGCACGAGUAUGUUUGCAUCUCAGGUAGGGAGGGAGGGAGUUGUCUAAUAGCUGUGAUCUCACUUGUAUUACUUCAUAUUUCUUCUUAGUGAGUAUUUUGGAGCCACUUUCUACUCUGUGCUCACUAGCUUGAUUAUGUCAUCUAUGCCAAAUUCAUGGUGAGGAAAACAGAGUAUUAAUGUCCAGAGUGCUGCCCAGUGUGACAUAACACCAGUAAAUUCCAGUUUACCUUCUAAAAAUUUGAUUACUUUAGUUAGCUUCUACCCUUUUUUCUAUCUCGGUGAAGAUUUAGGAACAGAUUCAUCUCAAACUUGGUCUUCUGCAGCAAUUUAAUCUGCCAGCAAACUUCACUGGUCAUUGUCAGUGAAGCCUGUGGAGAGGAGUGUGAUGAUCUCCCUUGGCUUGAAAUCCAGUUCAUCUGCUAAAGCUGGAACUGGAAGCUACUCCUCUCUUUCAGAAAGAAAAAGACAGAGGAAAUUCAAAUAAUUCAAUUUGCAAUGGUGUCUAUGAUGAUCCCUGUUCACAAAUGCAAUGAAUUGAGUUUUAAUUGGUUUGAAUCUUGGGACGGGUAGUUAGCUGAAAGUGAACACUAUCUGGUAACAUAAAUUUGUAUACAUGCCCUAACUGCAGCAGUGCAGCCAUGGAAUUUUGCCACUUCUUUUGGUGUUGAGUCUCGACUCUUGUCUCUUGACUGAAGAAUGAUAGAGAGUUCCAUUGUAAUAGCUUCAGCAUCCAUAUGAUGAUAAAACUCUCGGUUUCCUUAGCUCCAAUUGCCAAUGCAUGGCAAGUCACUCAGGCUAUACGUUGCCAUAUUUUUGUGUUUCAAUUUCUUUGUGACCUACUAGGUCACAGGUCUAAGUUGUGAAAGUUGUAUUUUUGUUAAAAAAAGUAAAGAAAAGACUAACAUACAAGUACGCUCUGCCCAGGCUCUCAUAAAGCAGGGAACCUCAUGCACUGAAAGAACCCUAACAUUGCAUUAUGCCACUGGAUGAUGUAGGACAAAGAAGUAGAAAUAAGAAUUAGUAUUAUUUAUUUUAUUUUGUACACUGAUAAUUUACCUCUACUUGUAUAGCUAGACUUUUAGCAAGUCCGAAAAGCACACAGCUGCAUUACAAAGCGACAAAUGACUGCUUUUGGUAGUGUGUUUAGUUUUUAUAUGAGCUCCAAGUUACGAUCAUUGUGCUUUAUGCAGAAAUACUUCUAAUUUUUCUUGUUUAUUGAAAUUCCUGGAAAUGUUUGCUUUAUUCUGAUCUAAUGUAUAUUGAUGGGGGUUUGAUGUCGACUUCAAAGUUUGUUGAUACCCUGAAAAUUCCCUACAGAACCCCAUCAUUUGGAGGUUGUGAAAUGCAUCAUUGAUCAGCCUGCAGUUAUUUCAUACUGGUAUACAUUAUUUCUCAUCAUCAAAUUAUUGCAUUUGGAGGGCCAUAUUUUUUGUGUGUACUGCUUUUGACUCUUAAGGACUUUAUUAUCUCAGAUUAGCAGCAAGAUAAAUGAUAAGAGUUUCUUCGUCAUUUUCACUGAGUUAGCACCCAAUCAGAUGAAGACCAUGAAGAAUAUUUUAGCCAACCAAAGAGGGCCAAGUUCGGGAUUAAGGAUAAUUUGGUGCAAUUUAGCUGUGGAGUCAAAAACUCUGAUGACUUGAAGGCUGGCAUACUUCAGGCUUUGGAGGCUAUAUAGCUUGCAUCAUCGACAGUUUGUUCUCUCUACCUAAACUGCACCUUGUCAUUUGACACGUAGCAUAGUUCACCAAAGGACUAGAUUAUGAUUUCUGUCCACUUGUGUUAUCUUUAUACUUGUAGGUGAGAGGAUCUGCUAACUAUUUGAUAACCCUAUUGAAUCUCUUGAUAAUAUUAGUUGUGCGAAGUAUAGAUAUUCAGCGGAUUGAUUAGUCAUUUGCAACUUUUAGGCUAUUUACAACUGAAACAAUUGCAAUAAAAAGCAUGUAUCUUUUUCACAUUGUCUGACUUAGAACUAAAAGAU